AAAGUGUAAUGCGUUGACUUGUUAAAAAAAUUAUUUUUUCGCUUCGGCGUAUCUUGGUGCAAUAAGGCAAAUCAUUUUGUUUAUUGGUGAAAAUUGACCAAUAGAAUUUGUUAUGUGUCUUACUUAAUAUUAAGAAAUUAAGAAAAUAAUUACUAUAAACUAUAACAAGUCAUGCAUAGCUCAAUCAAUAGACUUAUUCAAGCAGGAGAGGUAUAGACUUUGGACGGCAAAGAAUUAUAAGCACCAAUUUUUUGCUUUACUGCUCAAAAUAAGAAGACAAAGCAAAAAAGAAACACUAUCUCUACGCAAAGUGAUUCUGAAAUUUGCAAAACCAUGUCCAUGAUGUGUUGCGAUAUCAACACAAAGGAAGAAGUGAAGGAGAUGAAGAAGAAAAGAAAACAGAAGGAGAAGAAGGAAACAGAGGAGGAGAAAAGGAAAAGAGAAGAAGCCGAGGGAAAGGAAGGGAAAGAGAAAAGGAGGAAAGAAGAGAGAGAGAAGGAGAAACAUGAAGAACAAAAGAAAAAGGAGAGAGAAAAGAAAAGAAAGGAGGAAGAAAGAAAAAAGGCCACUAGAAGGAAUAGUACUUUUAGCAUCGGUAUUUGGCUGGCGAAGAAGGAAGUUGAGAGAAAGGCAAAAGAGACGGAGAAAAGGGAAAGAGAAGAAAUUGAGAAGGGAGAGGAAGAGAAUAGGAGAAAAGAAGAGAAGGAGAAGAAGAAAGUGGAGCGAAAGGCGAAAGAGAAUGAGAAAAUGAAAAUAGAAGAAACUAAGAAGAAGGAAGAUGAAGAAAAGAGGCGAAAAGAAAAGAAGGAGAAGGAGAAGAAGGAAGUGGAGCGAAAGGCGAAAGAGAAGGAGAAAAUGAAAAUAGAAGAAACUAAGAAGAAGGAAGAGGAAGAGAAGAGGAGAAAAGAAGAGAAUGAGAAGAACGAAGUGGAGCGAAAGGCGAAAGAGAAGGAGAAAAUGAAAAUAGAAGAAACUAAGAAGGAAGAGGAAGAGGAGAGGAGAAAAGAAGAGAAUGAGAAGAAGGAAGCUGAGGAGAAGGUGAAAAAGAAAAGAGUGGAAACCGCAAGGAAGGAAGAUGAAGAGAAAAGAAGGAAAGAAGAGAAAGAGAAGGAGAAACACAAAGAACAAAAGAAAAGGGAGAGAGAAAAGAAAAGAAAAGAGGAAGAAAAAGAGAAGGCGAAGAAGGAAGCAGAGCGAAAGGCGAAAGAGGAGGAGAAAGUGAGAAUAGAUGAAACUAAGAAGAAGGAAGAGGAAGAAAAGAGGAGAAAAGAAGAUAAUGAGAAGAAGAAACAUGAAGAACAAAAACAAAAAGAGAUAGAAAGGAAAAGAAAAGAGGAGGAAAGAGAGAAUGAAAAGAAAAAAGAGGAGCAGAAGGCAAAAGAGAAGGAGAAAAGGAAAAUAGAAGAAAUUGAGAAUAAGGAAGAGGAAGAGAAGAGGAGAAAAGAAGACAAGGAGAAGAAGAAACACGAAAAACAAAAGCAAAAGGAAAUAGAAAGAAAAAGAAAAGAGGAGGAAAGAGAGAAUGAAAAGAAAGAAGAGGAGCAGAGGGAGAAAGAGAAGCAGAAAAGGAAAAUAGAAGAAAUUGAGAAGAAGGAAGUGGAAGAGAAGAGGAGAAAAGAAGAGAAAGAUAAGAUGAAACACGAAGAACAAAAGCAAAAGGAGAUAGAAAGGAAAAGAAAAGAGGAGGAAAGAGAGAAUGAAAAAAAAGACGAGGAGCAGAAGGCGAAAGAGAAGGAGAAAAUGAAAAGAGAAGAAAUAGAGAGGAAGGAAGAGGAGGAGAGGAGGAUGAAAGAAGAGAAAGAGCAAGAGAAACGAGAAGACAAGAGGUCCCUAGCUCCGCCUCUCGGGGUUCUUGGAGUUCGCGUGUAUGAGCGAGAGGUUGGGAGCCCUGCCCCUUCGAGACAAAGGAUGGGCGCUCCUGCUGAACUCCCGGUUCUAGGCGCUCCCUCUGAACUCCCGGUUCUUGAUUGGGCAGUGGUUGGCACUUCACCUGAGGGAGCUCUACACACAGUGGACGUGCCUAUCCCUUCCAAUCCUUCUUACAUGCUACCCCCGGGCGUCCAACAGGUUCCUCGCGAGUAUGUGGAGGAGUGUUUCGAACUUAUUGGUGGCUUGCAAAUGCUGGUGAGGAAAGGGCUCGUGAAGAGGGAGACCCUCAUGGAGUCCGGGUAUAUGAGUUGAGUUCAUGAGUAGGUGACUCAGUGCCGCGGUCGGUGACCGGUUGGUUGGUUUUCAGGAGGUUUUCUAAAUGUUUUUCUUUCACCCGUAUUCUCUUCUUUCUUUGACUGGAACUAUACCCGAAUUAAUUUCCAGUCUGAUCUAAAAUUGUUUCCAAGAUAUUGUAAACACACCAAAAUUUAGUUUACAUUGCAAGGUUGAGGUUUUCCACUCUUUUUUUUAGGGUAUUUUAUUGUGGUUUUGAUUGGCUUCUGCCACUGUAUCUUGUUGAAAUCCUUUGUAAACCUGAAGGGGUGGGAAGCAAAAUUUAAUUGCCAACUUAAUACAACGAUGCUUCAUGUAUGUUUUAUUCAAAGAUAGAACAUGAAGUAGUUUUACCAGAAGACACUUCAAAAAGAACACUAGUAUAACCAAUGAAUCAAUCUACCGUUCAGAAAAUCCAUGAAAAGCCCAACGAGUUGGUCAAUUUCCUCUGAAACAAUUGAAGACUAUAAUCUGAAACCAACUCAUGCUAACCCAUAUUUACACUUUGCGAAGACAAUGAAACUCAUCGGAAAGCUCCCUCCAUUCCGUCACUUACUAGCGAAAUUUCACCUCACCGAAAUAGGUCA